UGUCCCCUGUGUGGCCUCCUGCCAUAGUUUUUCAAUGCCGGGCAAAGAUGGCGGCUAUACUGAGAGGUGUUAUUGCCAUUGGACAUAAUGAGGGCAUUUUCGUGACAAUUCCAACCCGACUCAGUCAUUCGACCUGUGUUUAGUAACCUCGCUACAGUCCUCGACGCCUUUUGUUAUUUUUUGUAUACAUUUUUUACGCUCCCCUUCCAACAUGUUCAGUCAGUAGCUGGCGAACGGAGAGCCGUCUACUAGCUAGCUGUAGCUAGCUCGCCGCCGUCAAGAGUAGAAUGGGAGAAAAGCUGGAGCUCAAGCUCAAAUCGCCGGUUGGAGCAGAACCUGCUGGCUACCCUUGGCCCUUACCGAUUUACGAUAAACACCAUGAUGCUGCUCAUGAAAUCAUCGAGACCAUUCGGUGGGUGUGCGAGGAGAUUCCAGACCUCAAACUGGCAAUGGAAAACUAUGUGCUCAUUGACUACGACACCAAGAGUUUUGAGAGUAUGCAGAGACUGUGUGACAAAUACAACCGGGCGAUUGACAGCAUUCACCAGCUGUGGAAAGGGACCACCCAGCCCAUGAAGCUGAACAAGCGACCUUCCAACGGGCUGUUGAGACACAUCCUUCAGCAGGUGUACAACCACUCUGUGACCGACCCAGAGAAACUGAACAACUAUGAACCCUUCUCCCCGGAGGUGUACGGGGAGACCUCAUUCGACCUGGUUGCUCAGAUCAUCGAUGAGAUGGAGAUGAUGGAGGACGACACCUUUGUUGACCUUGGCAGCGGCGUGGGUCAGGUGGUGCUGCAGGUUGCUGCAGCGACCAACUGUAAGCACUACUAUGGUGUGGAGAAGGCAGACAUUCCGGCAACUUAUGCAGAGAGCAUGGACAAAGAGUUUAAAAAGUGGAUGAAAUGGUAUGGGAAGAAACACGGAGAAUACACACUGGAGAGGGGGGAUUUUCUCUCAGAAGAAUGGAAAGAACGAAUCGCCAACACAAGUAUUAUUUUUGUGAACAACUUUGCCUUUGGGCCCGAGGUAGACCACCAACUAAAGGAACGUUUCGCUAACAUGAAGGAAGGUGGAAAAAUUGUAUCAUCCAAACCAUUUGCACCAUUGAAUUUUCGAAUAAACAGCAGAAACUUGAGUGAUAUAGGCACAAUAAUGCGUGUGGUAGAGCUCUCUCCACUGAGGGGUUCUGUGUCCUGGACUGGAAAGCCAGUUUCCUACUACUUGCAUACCAUAGACCGCACCAUACUUGAAAACUACUUUGCUAGUCUCAAAAAUCCUAAACUCAGGGAAGAGCAAGAGGCAGCUAGGCGACGUCAACAGAAAGAUACAAAGGACAGUAAAAGCAAUAGCACCACACCUACAAAAAUGAAAGAACAAAACAAGCAGGACUCCGGUGGGGAGGAGGAGCAGCCCCCUUUGGUGGCAGUGGUCAAGCCGGCUGCCAAACCCCGUAGAGCAAAGCUCCUGUCCAAAGGUCGCAAGCUGAACAACAGCAACAACAACAAGAAGCGAGGUCGACCCAAGAAGGCUGCACCAACUGUUGACAAAAACAAGAAGAACCAGAGCGCAUUGGAUUUGCUGCAUGCCAAGACCCUUUCUGCAGCACCCCCUCAGGAUGCAUACCUGCAACCGCGGAGCCCCUUUUACCAGCUACCUCCCAAAGUUCAGCACUAUCCAACCAAUCAACUGCUCCUGAGCCCAACACCCCCUGGUCUGCAAAACCUGCUAGAUAACAUCAAAGUUCAGUACCUCCAGUUUAUGGCCUACAUGAAGACUCCUCAGUACCGCUCCAACCUACAGCAGCUUUUAGAGCAGGAGAAGCAAAAACACAGAGAUUUGUCUGGACAGGCAGAACAGCUUCAUUCCAUCUGCCAGGCUCACAAGGAUAAAAUCAAAGGUCUCUUUCAGACGAAACUUGAUGAGCUGGGAGUGAAAGCUCUCACUGUGGAGGACCUGCUGCAGGCUCAGAAGGAGAUAUCUGCCCACAACCAUCAACUGAAAGAGCAGACAAAACAGCUGGAGAGAGACAUGGCUUUACUGAAAGAUCACAGCCUGCUAUUGUUGAAGUCUCGAUGUGAGGAGCUGAAACUAGACUGGGGCUCUUUGUGUCUGGAGAGUCUCCUGAAGGAGAAGCAGGCCCUGCGGAGACAGAUAUCUGAGAAGCAGAGACACUGCUUGGAGCUGCAGAUCAGUAUUGUAGAGCUGGAGAAAAGUCAAAGGCAGCAGGAGCUUCUUCAGCUCAAAUCCUACAGCCCUCGUGAGGAUUCCCCUUACAGAAAGAACCCAGAUCCUCGCUCCUCUACAGACAUGGACACCUCCAAGUUUGGUCUAUCCUCCGCCCCAGCUCUCAACGGCAUAAGCCCCGAAAGACCCAUCAACGGCACCAGCUCACCCUCGUUUGAACGGCCAAACACCAAGACGGAGCUUCUGUCACGCUAUCUGCCCAUCUCACCUGACCACGAGAUCGUGCCCACCACACCUGAAGCUCGGCAGAGGCAGCAGAUCUCCCACGCUCUUCCUGAUUACACACGCUUCUCCCCCGCCAAAAUUGCCUUGCGCAGGCAUUUGAAUCAGGAGCCCACGGCCUCUGGCCACCUGAGAUGCCCCGGGCUGCCCACACACAGGAUGGAAAUGGGGGGCCUGACCUCUCCACUUGGAGCCAAACAGAGCAGUCCAUCUCCUAAUGUGUCUGACACACAGAGGAGCACUGAGAGAGGAGGAAAAGAGAAGAGUCCAUCUGUUCAGGGAGAAAGCAGCAUCAAAAGCCUUCCAAUAAGUAUUCCUCUGAGCACUGUCCACCCAAGCAAGCUUCCAGUCAGCAUUCCACUGGCUAGUGUGGUGCUGCCCAGUCGGGCUGAGAGGCUGAGAAAUACUCCCAGUCCUGUGUCUCAGGGCAGUCAAAUCAAUGGAUAUUCAUCUAGCUCUUGCCUCAUGAAUGGAGGUCCACACCCAGAGGAACAAAAUGGUGCUUCUCCGUCGCCUCUACACACAAACACGCCUCUGAUAGGACCGCAGAGCAGAGGAGGUCCUAUCCAGAGCCCCCCACUCAACACCGGAGGGGUUCUUCAUUAUGCAGACGGACCCCCAAGGAUACUUCCAGAAGAUAGCCAGGAGCACCAAGAAGCAGACUCUGACACAGAACCGCAGGACAAUGAUCUGCGAAGGAGAAUAUUCUUCUCCUCUUCCUCCUCCUCUUCUUCCUCGUCAUCAGGCAGUGGAGGCAGCGUGGCCGUAGGAUCACGCCUCCAUCAUCACGCCGGCAGCUCAGCCAAGCAGGGAUACCACAGUAACCACGGCAACCACAACCACCAGUCCCCCGGCACACAGCACAUUCACACACCGACGCACUUGUCAUCGUUGUCACACUCCGCUCACGGCCUUGCUUCUCAAGAGGGACGCAAACGGGGGAGGCGGAAGCGUGGCUCCACAGGGGCCAUCACAGCCAGCGGCUCCCCUAAGAGGAGGUCAUUCCCUGGGAUUAGUGCAAACAAUCAUUCCUCUGGAUCACCACUCAACAUCAAUUCCAUGGUGAACAACAUAAACCAGCCUCUGGAGAUCUCUGCCAUCUCCUCGCCAGAGCAGUCAAGCCGCAGCCCCGCCGGGCCUGACAUGGACCAACCUCCUGUCCUGAAGAGAGAACGCCCCCUGGAGAUGAACGGUACAGGUCGUUACUCCUCCGCUCCCAGCUCAGAUGAUGAGGACUCAGGGUACCCUGCUGACAGCUCCAGCUCACGAAUUGAAAGAAAAAUUGCUACAAUAUCCCUGGAAAGCAGAGAUGGACACAAUAGAAUGGGGGACAAUGAAAGAGGCAGGAAGUGUGGAAGCAGCAGUGGUAACAGCACAGGCAGUGAGACCUCCUCCUCUUCCUUGUCCUCUACAAGCAAAUGGAAGUCAACAUUUUCACCUAUAUCUGACCCCAAGCAGCCCAAUUCCGACCUCAGACAAGGAGGAUCUCCAUUUGGAAUGGGAGGGUCGAGCCGGGACUCUGACUCUGAUUACAAACAACACCAUCAGCUGUCCAGGAAGGGCAGCGAUGGUGAGUUAUCCAACUACCCCAACCCUUUCCUGAGUCAAGAGACUACUAACCGUAAUGGUGCUAGUGGAGGAACCCAGGGGGGCACAAUUUCUGAGCCACGCCAGGUUUUACAGAAGCAGAAGGCCCCUCGCGAUUGGGAACUCAAGACGAGCAGCAGCCACUCCAGUCAGAACCUCUUCAUAUCUGCUGCCGCUAGCAGUGGGGGGGGCAUUCUUAGUGGGAAAGUCCCUGUCUCUGUUUCCUCGACAGGAUCCGCUGUGGGUCAGUAUUUGGGCUCUCAGUUCCCAAUGGGAGGGACCUCUGUCCUCCAGCCGCUGUUUGGUGCCCAGGCGGGCAACUCCACUGCAGGGGGCAAUGCACGUCUGGUCAACGGACACUCUGGCCUGGGGAGUUUCUCUAGCGCUGGGCUGACAGGGGGAGCAGCAGCAGGAGGUAUCUUUCACCAUGCGGUUCCUUCGGUGUCCUCCCAUCAGUUUGGGGCAUCACUGCCCACCUCAGGAGGCCUCAGCUGUCUGCUCAGUCUCUCCUCCUCCCAACACAACACCCCCCAAACCACCUCUACACGCCUGCCGUCCGCAUCCUCCCCCCUCCCUUCGUCCUCCAUGUCUCAGGCCCAGCAUAGCCGCACUCAGUCGGUGCUGCACAGCCCCUCUCCUCCCACACUCUCACUGCCGCCACCGCCACCCCUGCACAGCGCCCCCUCGCACGGCGAUGUCCCACCAUGCUCUCGAUCUGAUUCCCACUCCUCCCGUCUCUCCCACUCCUCUCUUCAUCACCAGAGGGCACAUUCGUCCCUCACGCUUACCAUCUCCUCUUCCAUCCCAUCCUCCUCUGCCGCUCUCUCUUCUCCUGCCUCCUCCUCCCCUUCGUCUCGUCUAUUUGCAGUGCACUACUCCCCCCGCCUGCCACCGCCACCCACCAGUAGCGCAGGUGGUGGCGGCAGCAGCAUGCGAAGGUCUCAGGGCAUGCAUGGCACCUACACCACCUCCUCUUCACUCCCUGGCUCCCGACCAAGAUAGGUUUGGGGGGGGGGGGGGGGUGGGAGGGGGGUGUAGAGGGAAAUCAGAGGAGAGAGAGAGACAAGUAGGGAGUUCGUUGUUCAAAGCAAGCAAGGUAAGACCCUUCUUGAUUAGAAUAAAAGUAUAAAGAUUUAGUGUGCCAGAAUGUUUUGCCCCUUUUUCCACUGCACAGUCCUAUCUCUACUUGGCUGUACUUGGCUUGGUUGUAGGAAAGUGCUCUGACAUCUAGUGUGACACUAACAAACAUCAUUAACAAGACAACUGACAACAACAACAAUGGAGGAUAACAAGUGUCUCUUUUACAGAGACCCCGCUGAAUUGGUGCAUCGGAGCUGAAAAGGAAUCGGAUAAUUAGAUGCUUUAGGAAGUCGGUGGCGGUUGUGUUGUAUACAAUGCUUGUCAGUCAGUGACAGUUGCAUUCAGCACAAUCGACUGGGAGUGAAUCGGGGAAUACACUUAGAUGCUGGUCCUGUCUCUGGUGGAAGAUUGAUGGAUUGACUUGGAUGUAUACAUAAAAAAGGUGGACAAAUGACAGCUUUCAUAAGCAUGAUUCAUUCAUUUUAUAUCGCUUAGGGUUGCGGGGGUGCUGGAUCCUAUCUCAGCUGUCUUCGGCCGAGAGACGGGGUACACCCUGGACUGGUCGCCAGCCAAUCGCAGGGCACAUAUAGGCAAACAACCAUUCACACUCACAAUCAUACCUAUGGACAAUUUGGAGUCGCCAAUUAACCCUGCAUGUUUUUGGAAUAUGGGAGGAAGCCCAUGCAUGCACGAGGAGAACAUGCAAACUCCACACAGAGAUGGCCGAGCGUAGAAUUGAAGUCAGGUCUCCUAGCUGUGAGGCCUAUAAGCAUUCUAAAAUAUGCUAAUUUAUAUUUGAGAGGGGACUGGAGCCUCCAAGAAAUGGAUCACUGCAGCAAAGUGGAGAUUAUGGAAUAAUGUGUAACACUGUAGAACUAAGGUACAUGUUGGGUUAACGUUGAUGUGUUUAUUUUUGUCAAUGUCGUGUAUACUAGCAGUGGUUUAUGUGACCUGUAUUCUAUUGACUCGUUGAUAUGAUACCAAAACUUCUAUCUCCUUUCACCUGGUUUAGACUGUUAGAAAUUAUCAAUAGCCAAGUAUAGGUGUGCAGUGAAAAGGGGGCAUGUUACUGUUUUGGUGUAUAAUUUUUCAAAAUUUCUUUGUGUGGCUGUUUCAGGUAAUUGCUGAAAACUACCUCAACAUGAAAGAAACUAUGCAAAUGUCCAGGUGUGGACCAAGGCACUCUGCUCCUCACUAACUGGUGCUUUAAUGACGUCUGCACUACCGGACCGCCUCCAAGACCGGCUUCUGUACUGGGACAUUCACACACACUGCUUUGAUCACCAUGAGCAGAAUUCAACGGAAGUGGUCAUGUUUUGGAUUGGAAAGUGUUUAUAUUUUUUAUAUAUCGUUUUCAUUAUAAAAUUUAUUUCCAGCAGCUGUUCGGCUCACUUGAUAACCAAUGAUGUGUAACAUGAAGCUUUUCUUUUUUUCUUUUAAAUUCUGAUCAUGUGAAAAUGAUGACUGCAGCAAGCACACAACUUCCUGUCAUGGAGGUGCAACUUCCUAUUUGACCCAUUCAUUGAGUUCUGCUCCUCUGACAGAUCAUGCAGCUGUUCCUUUUUGAGGUGUGUGUUUUCUUUUUAUUCCAAGCAUCUGUAUGAUGAACAAGAUGAGGAAAUGAUUUAAGUCUGCGUUCACACUGGAUAACAACAUAUAAUUACUUUUGUAGCAUAAAAGGACUGGCGGCUUGUGCACACCACUUACAAAUUUUUUACUUAACAAUUAGGUCCCACCCAUCUUUUCAUUCAAAAAUAUUUGGUGCAAAAAAAAAGACAUAUGUUGCUGUCUAACUGUUCUGAGCUCACAGAGCUGUAAUUUGCAAGCUGGAUCAAACCAGUUACCGUCCUAUCAUUAACAUCAAAUGUAACAUAUCAGAAAGCGUUACUGUUGUUAGGUGAUCAGACAUAUUUAGUGUGUAAAAGAGCGUUCACUUCCAAUAAAUCAGUGUUUGUGUCACCUAAAACAAAAAAGGUUGAGUUAAAUACGCGAACAGUAACAUUCUCUGCUAUCACAUGGUGCUCUGUGUUUAUUCUAUCUGGCAGGUGAUAUGAUGCUGCCAACUUAAGUGAAGCUGAAUCCAGGUAGUUAAUAAUAAUAAUAAUAAUGACAGGCGCUUCUUUUUUGUAUUUAUUCGUCCUGUUAUCAGAUUUUCUAAGUGCGACGGAAACCUUCUCAAAGCAGGACGUUUUUAACCUCUUCUUAAGCUAAAUGUUUAUUUAUUUGUGCUGCUGGGUGCUAAGAGCAUGUUUUAGGACUCUAAAUUGCGGAUGAACUCUGCACAUUUACACACACACACACACACACACACACACACACACAUCCUCACACUGGGAAAACUUUUUUUUUCUUUAAACCAUUAAUCACAACAAACUACUGGACUACUUCACACCUCCUUUCGGUUUGCUUUUGUCCUUUUUGUGUUUGUACUGUGAAUGUGAUUCUCUUUGACUGUACAGUUUGUUAGAUUUAUAUAUUUAUGUCCCCCAUUUGCCUUUUAAUUGUUCUUUUCCAAUCCUGAAAUGUGUUGACGUUGUAGAAUGCAUUUGUGUGUCACCCACUGUCGGAAAACAAUGGUGCUAAAUUGAACUGUGCCUGGCUUUUAUUUAUUCUUACAGUAAAAAAAAAAACAAGUGAGACAACAUUGUGCUGUACACAGGGACAUUUUGUAAAGUGACCCCUUUUUUGGCCUUUAAGUUCUUCUGUUUUAAACACUUGGGUAAAAAAUUGUGAGUGAAAACACACUGUUUUGUACAAAGGCUUUCUCUCCAGCGCCAACACAAAAGCUAUAUUUAAUAUGUUAUUAUACAUACUGUCUGAAUAUAUAUGGGAGGAAAAAAAAACUUUAGGUGCUGCAUUGUGACUCCUACACUCGGGUCUUUUAUGCCACCACACGACCUUAACAACAAACAUGGCAGCAUCCUGAGGUGCUGUGGCAGAGAACACAACUUGGAUGUUUUCCUGUCUUUUUCUUUUACAAGGAUUCUGCAGGAAAUAAAUGGUGCUUCUGUUUUCAAUGGUGCAAACAAAGCUUUGAGUUUUACAGAUGUGGCCCCCCUCUUUUUUUUUUUUUUU